GCAGUCCAUCGUUUGCAAUAUCGGGUCAUUUUCGUCAGAGGCGAGUGUGUAGCAUCGAUCAGAGACUGCAAGAAUAUUAAAGCAAUAAAAUCCCGAUUUUAUUUUAUAAGUUAGACUAGCUAUUUAGCGUGAAAGUGUAUAUCUUUUAGUAAGAAAGUUUUUUCUUUAUUCCUGAAUCCUGCGAAGGCAAAAAUGAUGACUACCCGCCUUCGAGCAAACAAAGUGGACGAGAAUGAUACCCAACAGAAAGCGAAGAAGGCGAGUCAGCUCCUCAAAGCGGGGACAGUGGGACUCACGAAACGGGCGGCUCUGGGUGAACUGGGAAACAGGGCGCUCGUAAAGACAAAUGAUGUACAAAAGGAGAAUGUGAAUUGCCUGAAGAAUGCAAAGGCUCGUGUGGACUCUCAUUGGAAAAAGACUGAAUUUCUCUCAAGUGCCGCCAAUAAAGUGGUCCUGGCAAAAGCACCGAAGCAACCAACGGUUCCACUGAAAACGACGAUAAGUGAAAUAAAGGUCCUAAAGCCACGAGUUGUAACUAAACCAAAGGCAGUUGAAAAACAAGCAUCGCAACCACAGCCUGUUUCACUUCAGCAAAUCAUUGCGCCUGUUCGCAGGGAGGAAAGUAAUGUGUCGCGUCGAUCAUUGUCGAAACUUAAGGCCGUUUUAUGUAAGGAGAAAAAGGAAAAGCCAAAGGCUGUGGCAGUUAUUGCUCCUCAUGUUUCGGCUCCAAUUGUCGUCCCCUCAUCCGAACAGCCAAAAUCUAUAGAAGUUAACUGUAAGAUUACGGCACAUUCAUCUUCACUGAUUGACGAAGUAGAGAACAUUGACGCUGGCGAUUCGAAAAAUUUGCUUUUGGUUUCCGAAUAUGCUAAUGAUAUUUAUUCAUAUUUGUUCCAACUGGAGUUACAGAUGCCAGUACGUAAAGCACACCUAGACAAACAGGCUGAGGUGACCCCAAAAAUGAGGGCAGUACUUCUCGACUGGAUAAACGAGGUUCAUUUCCAAUUCCGUUUAUUGCCUGAAACAUAUCAUUUGACAGUUGCAUUAAUCGACAGAUACUUACAGGAAGUACCUACAACACAGCGGCAAUACCUACAACUUGUCGGUAUCGGAGCACUAUUCCUUGCAUCAAAGUACGAGGAACUCUAUCCACCAGAGAUUGGCGACUUUGUGUAUAUCGCAGACGAUACCUACUCAAAGCAUGAAAUUCUUGCAAUAGAACAGAAGAUCAUAAAGACUAUUGACUACAAUCUAGGUCGACCGUCCAGUAUUCACUUCCUUCGUCGUUUUUCGAAGGCAGCUAGCACGGUUGAAGAUACUCAUAUGUUAGCCAAAUAUCUUAUUGAACUUGUUUCAAUUGACUACACUCUUGCGCAUCAUCGGCCGUCAGAGGUGGCAGCAGCAUCUUUAUUCUUAGCGUUGAAACUAUUCAAUAAGGACACAAAAAUUACUGACGAUCAACUAUGGACAAAUACUUUAAAAUUCUACACAGGAUACACAGCGGAUAAUUUGCGACCGUUAGUUAAGAAAAUUGCAACACUCUUGAAGAAUGCACCCACUGCUCAGCUGAAAGCAGUUUUUAACAAAUAUCAGUCAUCGAAAUUCGAUAAAAUUGCACUGAAAUCAGAACUGAAUGCAUCUCGUUUAGAAAAACUCAUCUCUUAAGUCUAUUGAACAGUAUUGCUUCUUCUGAGAAGGCUUGCUUUUGGACAAAUGUGAAAUUCUACAAAUUCGACUGCUGCCUAUUAUUUAAUAUAAAAAUUUACAGAUUUGUGGAGUUUGGCCAAAAGUUUGUCUUCUGAGAGUAAAUAGUGGAAUCGAUUCUUAGUAAAAGUCCCACAAUAAAUGGUUUCGUUUUGUCAACAUCAGCAAUCUAAUGCGUUUUCUUAUUAACUUGAAUGCAUUUGAGAUUUGUUUUGCCACUGAAUUCAAUAUAUAAGGCGAGGUAGUCCCUAUUUUCGUACAUUGCAUGUAAGUAGAUUUCGGUGUUAUAGGCUUAUCACUUUAUGUAACUAUGAUAAAUUGUAAAAGCAUUGAAACUAAAACAAGUAGCGAAUAAAAAAAAAAUACAAUAAAGAAGUCGAUAACAGAA